UUUUAUAAAAAGGGGACCCAGUGGACCGUAGCUUCUAAUAAAUUUCUGAAGGCCAACACUUUGUUGUUUUUAUUUGAAGGUUUCAAUUGCCCAAUGUUAACAGUCUAAGCUAUCUUUUCUUUCCCGCGGGGUUCUUUUCAAGGCAACUUAUCACUAGUUUCUUUGAUGGUCGCAGUCAAAAUUGCAAGCUUCUAAACAUUAAAAGUCCGGUCAGUCAAGCUGUCGUGUCAUUUCAUUUCGCGUCCGGGGUGGUAAAUUAAACUUAGCUACUUUUAUUUGGACUUAUCUAAGUUCUCGCAGAUUUUUGCAGUAUACUUGAAGAAGGGAUUUGAAAUUGAAGCAAAUAGUGGACAAGGGAUUUAAAAUAGCUCGGUUUUACUUCAAGCAUAGAAAAUCUGAUAUUUUUGUUGGUACACAAAUUAAGUUUUUUUAAAAGGUUCACGCUCCAGUUAACAGCAGAAUAUUCGUUCGAAUGAGCUGCAAAAUAAGUUCAGUUUGAAAAUCCAUAUUGACCGAAAAGACCAAAGUAGACCGAGUUUCUUUUAAGUGCGCGUGGCGCGGAUUUUCUUCUUUGUCAGACAAGAGCAUGUUUACAAAAACAACAUAAAAAUGCGCCUGUAUUAAAAUCAUAACGACAAUUUUUAGCGUAUAUUUUUUUAAUCGGCAAAUCAUUAUUUCAAUUUUUCAGCUUAUCUUAGAAAUUGGGAUAAAUAUUACCCUAAUUUACAUUAUUUAUCGAUAAAAUAAUUUACAACCGCCAUCGCUAUCCUUUCACUACUGUUUACUUAUUUACUCGCUUGUGAGAAGAGAAAAAGAGACACGAAAAAAUGCCGAGCAGCGCUGUGAACAUGCAGAACACCGCUUUCCAGCUGACAGACGAUGUGGACGACGGAGGAGAUCUGUCAAUGCAGGACCCGAUGAAGCUGCUGGUGCAGCUGAACGAGAAGUACCACAGACAGAAGACACUCUACAAGAUGACCAGGGACUACUACUACAAACUGAACCUAUUCGUUUUCUACCUUCCUCUACUCAUCGUGCAGGGACUGACCACUGUGCUCACUCAUAUGUCGGGAAGGCCGGUUAUCCCGCAACAUGACAAGAUCAAGAUAAUUGUGGCUAUUCUGAACGGUAUGUCUUCAGUGUGGACUGCUGCUCAGCUCAAACUUGGUAGGUGGAACCAGAAGACCCAGUCGGCUAAUUCGACCCUCAUCAAGUACAGAGACAUGAGUGCACAUGUGGCCAUGUUCCUCACCAUCCUGAAAUGCCAAAAGGAGAUGUCCCCCAAAGGCAUGCUGAUGUUUGUCGAGAGUUGCUACGAUAAUGAGAAAAGCAUCAUGCAAAAUGAAAUCACAGUGCCUCCCUUCAUCGUCAAAAGAUACGACAGUGGCGAGAUAACUCCGGACGACACAACUGGCAAUAUGGCGAAACACAUCGAGAAAGAGGACGCCAAGAAGGCAGCCAAGGAGGCGAAGAAGAGCAAGAAGAAGAAGAAGGCAUCGGUUGAGGACAACCCCAAAAUGGGAGAAGCAGGGACUGAACUGGACGUGACUAAUGUCGGAGGUCAAGGCGAAGAGGACGCUCCUCUCAUCAGCAAACCAGGAGGCGAGACUUCAAAGCCGGCCUCGGGUGCGUCUGGAGACAACAAAGAGAAGGAUGCGAAGGCGGCAGGGGAAGAGACGGAGGGAGAGGACGAGGAUGAAGAUGAUGGUGACGAGGAUUCGAAUGUGAAUGGCAAACAGCUGUUCAUGAAUCUCCUCUCCCGAUACAGGGCUCUCAAGUGGCUGUAUGGACAUGCUGCUAGAUACUACUACCUGUUGAACCUGACCUGCUUCUACACGCCUUUGGUGAUCUUCGGGACCCUCAACACCAUCCUCACCUCCCUCACUGUCGACGACAAGGACUCCGUUUUCUCAAUGGUCGUCAUAAAAAUAUCCGCCGUAACCUCAAUUCUCACAGGUCUGCAGAUGCAGUUGCAAUGGGAGAGUGAGAGCGCCAAGUGUGAGAAGACAUUUCAAAUGUAUCGCCGACUGGACUCCGAAAUUACUUAUCGAAUGAUGCUGGCGGACCAAGGAGUGCCGGUUAAGAACGCGGCCAAGUUCGCCUGGAAGUGUAGGGAUGUAGAGGACCAGACUGUGGAUGAUGAGCCGGCUAUUCCUCAGUUCAUAGUAGCCCAAGUGACCCAGGAGGCCCUGCAGGAGCAGAGGCGACUCUUCCAGGGCACCGGUGAUGUGGUCACCGAAAAGACAUCCAGUUACCUCUAAGUCAUUACACAUAUGUUGAACCGAAGCGGCUUUGCCUGACCUGGAUGAGGAAGAGCAUUUAAACUCAUGCAUGACAAAAGCAUCUGUUUUUUGAUGAAGCUUCUUGGAUGAUUCUUUCUUUUGCCUUAUCUUUUGAUAAGCUUUAUACGCGCAGCUUUUUACCUAUCAGCCUGCUCCUCAAACUUGAAAAUUAAUACUUUUGAUUAACGUUAACCAACUCAACUGAGAAUGAAACUUUUCUUUAACUUUGCCUUGAUUUGAAGUAUUUUAACUCAACCUCUAAAAGUGUGCUGAUAUUAAGUCAAGUGUUAUUUUCAAUCUAUCUUCAAUAUAGAUAUGAGAAUUCUUCGAAAAACUGUUAAGGUUGCUUUCUAAGUUGAACAACUUACCAUGGACUGGUUCAAGCUUUUUGUAAAAUGGACGAUGAUUCGAUCGACUUUGAAACUCGUGAUCUUAAAAAACCUUAGUGCAAUUAACAGAUAAUUGUUGAAUCAGCCAAAAAAAUUAUUUGUGAAAUAAUUUUAAAGCAUGGUUGGUAAGUUAUAAAAAUCUAUAUAUUCAAAACUGCUGUCACAAGGGCGGAUCUAGGAUUUUCUCGAGGGGGGGCGACGGAUUUUCAACGAAAAUUUUGAGGACCUUUUUUUUAAGGCCGACCAAAUUGAAUUUCGGCGCUCUCCUCAAACAUUAAAAAGACUAUGUUUUGGUAAAAUUUUCUGCGCCGCAGGCAAAAUUUUGAAAAACAGCUCAAAAAAGCCGUUUUUGGGCAAUUUUUUAAAAAAGUUUUGACAAAAAAAAUCGAGUCGAAUUCCUGAGUCAGUUUAUCAAAAAUAACAAAAAAUUAUUCUGGGCCCAAAAACAAAUCUGAAGGAAGGAACAUCUGUUAAUUGUACGCACAUCUUCAGAGCAUUCAUCAUUUUUGAUUUUGAAGAUUGACUAUAAAAUACAGCGUCUAUUUUAAAAGAAGUCACCUAUUUCAAAAUUAAUUUUCAAUUUAAAUCUGGAUUGAGGAUCAUAUUAUUUUAAUUAACCAGAAGUUACAAGAACUUUGAUGGAAAGACUUGAAACAUUGCCAGAAUUUUUUAUGAACACAAGGUGGAUUUGACGUCUGGAGGUCACAUGGGUAGAUUGAUUACAUUUUCAUUACUAAAUUUUGGCUUUAAGAUAAUGUUUCAGGUCUACAUAUAUCAUUUAAUACUGCCUUUGAUGGUUAAGUUUCCAUGUUUUUGUUAACAAUGCAAUUAUAAUAGUUUGUACGUUGUUUCCCUUGUUUGCCAGUUUCUUGUUAUGCAAAAAUAUCAAUGUUGCUUUGAGUGGUAUAGUAUCAAAUACUCAUGGAGAAGCCUGUUGAAAUUUCAAGUUCAAUAAUG